UGAACAGCCCCCUUACAAACGAUAUUUUUAGUCAGUCACUUCGAAUAAUUGAAAUCACGCUGUCACAUAAGCCUAGUUUCUGUGUUCAAAAUGGGUCGGGUCAGGACUAAAACUGUUAAGAAAGCAGCUCGCGUCAUUAUUGAAAAGUACUACAUGAGGUUGACUCUAGAUUUUCAUACCAACAAAAGAUUAUGUGAAGAAAUCGCCAUAAUUCCAAGCAAGCCAUUAAAGAACAAGAUUGCGGGAUUUGUGACUCUUCUUAUGAAAAGACUUCGACACAGCCAAGUGAGAGGCAUUUCUAUAAAGUUGCAAGAAGAGGAAAGAGAACGCCGUGAUAAUUAUGUUCCCGAAGUUUCUGCUUUAGAGCAUGACAUUAUUGAUGUUGAUACGGAAACUAAAGAAAUGCUUAAGAUGUUGGAGUUCACAAACAUCCCAGGACUUCAAGUAACCCAACAACCACAAUCGUCUAGGCGUCCUUAAACAUUUGUCGUAAUGCAAUAAAGUGAAUUUUUUAGCAAACAUUUA